UUAAUAAGACCCAAUUUGAUUUGUUAUUUCCUCCGGGAGGCACAAUGCCUGCGACAUGUUUGAACAAUUUUGAUAUCACACUUUUGUUUAGUUUAAUUAGAGACCUGCACCCUAAGACGUCUGAUGUUCCUGAGCCCAAAUCUGAUGUUUGGAACAACCUUCAGGCAGCCAGAUCUUCUCCCGAUCUACCAAGACAAAUAUUGGAUCUGAUUGAGAUUAAAUUUUAUCGAAACAGUCUGGCACACUCGAAGUCAGUGAAUAUUACAGACUCUGAUUAUGAACUUAUGUGGCAGUCAAUCACAAUCAGUGUACUCAACUUGGGUGUAACAACAGAACAACUGGAUUCUGUUAAAAACAUAACCAUUGAUCCAGAGAAGGAACAGGAAUACAUCACACAAUUGAAAAACCAAGAACAGGAAGAGCAAAAUUUAAAAGAAGGCUUGCAUACCAGAAUAAGACGAGUGGAACAUGCCGUGACAGUCAUUGUUGUCUUAGUGGUAGCAGCUAGCAUGGGGAUGGUUUUAAGAGACAAAUUACCCAAAUCUAUUUUGGGUCUAAUUGACAUGUUACAGUUUGGUUUUUCUGACCCUAGUACAGUGCAAAUUGUCUCCAGGAGAGAAUGGGGUGCCAGAGAAGCCUCCGGACCCAUGAGCCCCUUGCUCAUCCCAGUCAAGUAUGUUAUUAUAGCGCACACAGUGUCUGGAUUAUGCGAGUCCGUGGAAGCAUGCUCAGGUAUUUUACGAGGCAUACAGCAAAGGCACAUGGCUGAUAGAGGUUGGUCAGAUAUUGCAUACAAUUACCACAUAGCAGAUGAUGGCAGAGUGUAUGAAGGUCGGGGACCAUCAAUUGCUGGGUCACACACCAAAGGGUGGAAUUUGAACUCUUGGGGCAUUGCCUUCAUGGGAGACUUCAGUUACCGCCUACCUAGUCCAAGGGCCUUAUGGGCUUUAAAGGCUUUUCUGAAAAACUCGGUAGAAAAUGGUUUCUUAGAGGAAAAUUAUGUACUGUUAGGGCACUGCCAGGUUGCUCCCUUUGCAAGUCCAGGAGACACACUGUACAGAGAACUUAAAACUUGGGAUCAUUGGCAAGACAUCCAUGCGUGAGCUACCAGUGUUACAAGAACCACUCGUAAGAUUUGGUAUUACAAACAUAACUUAUUUAAACGUGAGGUUUAUCACAAUAUGCUCAUUAAAAUUAUAAUAUCACUAUUUGUGAUAGAUAUGAACAGUUCCAUUCUGUGUUUAAGUGAAUCUCUAAAAUUAAAUAAAUUCAAAUAAAUAUGAAAGAACACAAGGUUUGUGUUUAAAUAUGUCCAUCUUUUUAUUCAUGAAAAUCUCUAUAACUGAAGUUAAUAUAUAAGUGUCACAGGAUUUAUGUUUGAGUAUGUACACGUAACAACAUUAUGAAAUAUAUUUCCAAACUGUUACAUCUCUUCGUGGACCAAAAAAGCAAAGUGGUGGGUGCAUCAUUCUUUUUCAAUUUUAUCUUUCCAUGGAAUACUAGCACAGUCUUGAAUCUGAUGCUGUAAAUGUAGAAAUUAAACAAGAUAUUGCUUUUUUUUGUUGAAAAAAAAUCUAAUGAAUGAUUAAUUUUAGGGUCUCUGCUGUUUGUUGAAUCUCUGGUGUCUGAAAUCAUUACUUCUCCCUACAAAGUUAUACUGAGUCUAAAAUAUCAUGUCACUUUUCAACAGUGAAAUUACUAUACUGGCUCAACGAUUUUACUUUUACAAAAAGGGAGUAAUGCACAUUACUGAUCACCUGGUUCAAAGCAAGAGGCUUUUUAAAAAAUGUUUUCCAGGUUGUAGAACUGAGAAGCAAUAGUUGAUUCAAUAAAACACCUGACAUUUAACAAAAAGAGGGCACUGGUUAUCAUUGAUUUAGUCACUAUCCUCACUGUCGCUGUGAGUUUCUCCAAACAACUCCUGUCCGUUAGUAGCCUCAGCAAGUGAUGAGCCCUGUGUGUUAUCAGCUGAAUAUUUUAAGGUAACAACUGUGGGAGAAUUUGGAAGCCCAAAUGCUAUAGCAGUUCUAUUCAAUACAACUUUUGAGCACUGUAUCUUGACAUCUGGAGUGAAGACUGAGAGAAUUCCUUUUUUGAAAUCCCAGAGAGAUAUGUCCUUGGCUAGCACCAUUGCCUUACUGGAGUUAUGCAGGAUGUAGAUUGUGGAGUAAAUGUCUAACUGGAAGCCUGUGUAUGUUGGAAGCUUGUGCAUGACUUGGUUUUCUAAAUCCCACCAAACCAUUUCAUUGCAAAUAUUUCCAAAGACAACUUGUGUGGCACUGUCAUUGAUGGCAACUGCACAUACCCCUUCUUCUUCUUCAAGUUUGGCAUGAACUUUUCCCGUCAUGCAGUCCCAUACAACAACACAGCUGAAUUUUCCAACAUCAUCAUAGUAGGUGUGCACCAGGUGGCCACCAGUUGAUGUCAAGGCAGAUGUAUCUAAGGUCAGAAUUGCUUUGUCAUCAACCAGCGUUUGAAUGUGGCGCCCCCGUGUUAUAUCAAACACACACAGGUAGCAUGAAAAGUAUGAGGCCACUAUCAUUUUUUCAUCAUCACUGACAAGAAACUGAGUAAUCAAGUUCUCUUUCCCCUUUUUGAGUCCUUCUAUGCGGUCAUUUUCAUCUUGAAUUUCUCUCUGGUGCCUUCUUUGUCGACCAGUUUUGGUUUCUGAUCUCCUUUGCCAUGGUAACAUUUUGGCAGUUGUACCCCUCUUUCUAUGAGAUGUGACUGAUGACUUGAUUACAUCAGAGAGUUUGGAUCUGUCUUUAUAUAUAUUGAGGACUGUUUGGCCAGAUUCUAAACUCCAUAUGACAAAGUGAGUCCUAUCAGGAGAUGGACUCAUAACUCUCUCACCAUUUAGCAUGAAAUAUUCAUUUGAAAGGCCAACAUCUAUGUGGGCCCCAUGCAAGAUACGAUCAUACUGUCUGGUUUCCAGAUUAAACACAAGAAUGGAGGUGAAAUAUUCUUCGUACUUGUUGAUCAUGCAAUCUGUGAGGAUAACAACAUUCAUGUUCUUCACCAGGAGAAGGUCCAUGUCUUCUACUAAACCUCUCUCUGAACAGACAGCACUGAUUUUACACUGAGUCUUGAACAAGUUCCACACUGUCACUGGCCCAUUACAGUCCAUUGGCUUA